AGUCCACAGACAGAGUAGGAAAAGUGUGUUAACCUAGAGUGGAAUAAUAGUGUUUCUUCUUAGAGGCAAGAAAGAGAAAAGAGAGAAAAUGGGAAGAGGAAGAGUAGAACUAAAGAGAAUAGAGAACAAAAUAAACAGGCAAGUAACUUUUGCUAAGAGAAGAAAUGGUCUUCUUAAGAAAGCUUAUGAGUUAUCUAUACUUUGUGAUGCUGAAGUUGCUCUCAUCAUCUUCUCUAGCCGCGGAAAACUCUAUGAGUUCUCUAGUGCUUCCAGCAUGAUGACAACACUUGAAAAGUAUCAACAAUGCAGUUAUGCAUCUUUGGACCCGAUGCUACCCGUUAGUGAUACUCAGAUGAACUACAAUGAGUAUGUGAGGCUAAAAGCUAGAGUUGAGCUCCUUCAACGUUCUCAAAGAAAUAUUCUUGGAGAGGAUUUGGGCACACUAAACUCGAAAGAACUUGAGCAACUUGAGCACCAAUUGGAUGCGUCUUUGAAGAAAAUUAGAUCAAAGAAGACUCAAUCUAUGCUGGAUCAGCUGGCAGACCUUCAAGAAAAGGAGCAAAUGCUGGAAGAAGCAAAUAAACAACUUAGAAACAAGCUGGAAGAAAGUGCAGCUAGAAUUCCACUUGGAUUGUCAUGGGGAAAUAAUGGAGGACAAACAAUGGAAUACAAUCGACUCCCUCCACAAACUGCACAACCUUUCUUUCAACCUCUCGGUUUGAAUUCUUCAUCUCCUCAACUCGGAUACAAUCCAAAUAUGGGUGCAAAUCAUGAGGUUAAUGCAGCAACAACUGCUCAUAAUAUUAAUGGAUUCAUUCCAGGGUGGAUGCUGUAAUGGAUUAACAUAGUAAUUUGUUAUCCCUUUUUCUUCUU